AUGCUCGCUGCUCCUUACGCACCGUCCUCGUACCUUCCUAACCGGGGCAUCAUGCCCGACAUGAAGCCUCCCCGUCCGCUCUCGCAUUCGCGCACAUACGAAGCGCGCUACCCUGAGCCUGACUGUGUCUUACCCGUUUACAUUCUCGUUCGGCCCGGCUCUCCCGCGCGCCCUGCCCCGCGCGAUAGGCCGUGGUCGCUCAUCUGGCCGCUCGCACUCGCAGAGGGCCUCGUGCAGGCGCUCAAAAGCGACCCCUUCUACCACGCGCCCGAACAGCCCGAGUUUGCACCCCUGGCAUGCCCCGUACCCAGCCACGGGUCUCCUGGGUCCUCUGGCGCCACCCAGGGCAUACCAGUCGCUUACGGCCGAUCUCUCGAAGCAUCGUACGACGCACAACACAAACACUUCGCCUUUUGGGGAGGAUGUACCCGGGGAUGGAACAUGCGCGAAUUGCGAGGCGCACGAUGGGUCCUCGUCGGCGUCUUGGACCGACAGGAGCGCAUGGCGCUCGAAGCGCUGGCUGAACAGGUUCGGGUGAUGAAAGCCGAGCAUGGAUGGUGGAACGGCCAGAAUUGGAUCGUCGCCCUCUUGAACGGUGCCGUCGACGAGGGCAUCAUCAAGCCCGAGCAACGAGACGCCGCCGUUCUGGCUGCAGCGCUCGCACCGUCAUGA